GCUGGAACUCGUGCGGCAUGUCGAGACCACAACCCCACCGGGGUGGCCCCGGGCCUCGUCUUUCCGGGGCAACAGCCGAGCUAGAGGACGAAGGAUACAAUUGCACCAUGAUCCCGCCUGCCUGAUCCUCCGAUUUGAUAGAUGUAGACUAGUGCUCUGUGUAUAUCGUCCUUGCUUCCUUCCUUUCCCUCUUUUUCUUCCCCUCGUUGUUGUCAGUCGCUGCUGCUCUGCUCUCAUCCUUCUCCCUAUUUCCUCCUCUUCAUCGUCCUUGCUACUCUUGAGAAUCAACAACUUGAAGAUGGCCGCCUCCCGCACUGCCACCCGCACUCUCCGCGCUCUGCGCACCUCGACUCGUCCUGCGCUCACUGCCGCGCCCCGCGCUGCUUUCCGCCAGGGUGGUCGUCGUCUUUACUCUUCUGAGCCCGCCAAGUCCGGUGGCUCCAACAUUUGGGCUUGGGCUAUCGGUGCCGGUGCUCUCGGUGCCGGCGGUCUGUGGUAUCUCAACCAGGACGGCGCUUCCGCUACCCCCAAGGUUUUCGCUCCCAAGUUCGACGACUACCAGGCCGUGUACAACGAGAUUGCCUCUCGCCUCGAGGAGAAGGAUGACUACGACGACGGCAGCUACGGCCCAGUCCUCGUCCGUCUCGCAUGGCACGCCAGCGGCACCUAUGACAAGGAGACCGGCACUGGUGGCUCCAACGGUGCCACCAUGCGCUUCGCUCCUGAGUCUGACCAUGGUGCCAACGCCGGCCUGAAGGCUGCUCGUGACUUCCUCGAGCCUGUCAAGGCCAAGUUCCCUUGGAUCACCUACUCCGAUCUCUGGAUCCUCGGCGGUGUUUGCGCCAUCCAGGAGAUGCUUGGCCCCCAGAUCCCCUACCGCCCCGGUCGCCAGGACCGUGAUGCUGCUGGUUGCACUCCCGAUGGCCGUCUUCCUGAUGCCUCCCAGGCCCAGGACCAUCUCCGCAACAUCUUCUACCGCAUGGGCUUCAACGAUCAGGAGAUCGUUGCUCUUUCCGGUGCUCACGCUCUCGGCCGCUGCCACGCUGACCGCUCCGGCUUUGACGGUCCCUGGACUUUCUCCCCUACCGUUUUGACCAACGAUUACUACAAGCUGCUCCUCGACGAGAAGUGGCAGUGGAAGAAGUGGAACGGCCCUAAGCAGUAUGAGGACAAGAAGACCAAGUCCCUCAUGAUGCUCCCCGCCGAUAUGGCCCUCAUCCAGGACAAGAAGUUCAAGCAGUGGGUGGAGAAGUACGCCGCCGACAACGAGCUCUUCUUCAAGGACUUCUCCAAUGUCAUUGUCAAGCUCUUUGAGCUCGGUGUUCCUUUCGCCGAGAACUCCGAGCGCUGGGUCUUCAAGACCGUCAAUGCUUAGGUCAAUUCUUCCACGACCUAGCCACAAGCAUGACGGACUAGAGGAAGACGCGCAAUCGAGUCAUACCAUGACUUGGUCUUGGGGGGCUCUUGGAAAGAAUUAUUGGGUCAGCGAUACAAUCACGAUCGUGCCAUGAUGUUUGAUGGAAGGGAAACAAUUAUGAUAAGCCUGCAGCAGAAAGAGGAUUCUGGAAAAAGGUAUUGAAGGUUUAGAUGAGGAAGGGCAUAGACUUUCGAGCUACCUCCUCGUGUAUAUCAUAUCUCGGCAUACUCGCCUCCUUUUCCUCAGGGGUUUUAGAGUUACUUACAGGCGCGUUUUGUGUUUUAGAUGUUAGCGAGGACAAGAUUUUGUGUCUUAGUAUCGAUACCUUUUUCUUUUGCGAUCUCGUUUCGUUCAUCCGGCAUUUGUGAGUGAAUUGUUCAAUGAGAUGAGGAGUAGAAUCAUGUCGAGGUGCGCCGCAAAUAGCGACUGGGGUGUUUUUUUUGAAGUCAACCUUGAGUUCAGAGGUCAACGUGUCCUUCGAUACGGUCGGAGAGGAGAGGGGGAGGAGGGGCUGAAAGUCAAGGUUGACUCGAUCGGUUGGAUCCCUGGGGACGGAUAAGUCAGAUCCAGUCGCCAUCGUCCCGUCGAUGGUUCAUCGGUAGCGAAACCAUCCCGUUGUGGUCCUGGGCUCUACAGGAAGCGGGGGGAGGCAAAUCGUGGGCCAUGGUGACGAAUGGGUGACCUGGGCGAGCGACAACCCGUACACGAGGUCCGUCCAAUUCCCAGCAAUCAUAUUAGCUUCCCCCGCAUUCUCCAUCUUCCACUUAGACCCUGGCAAUCCUGACUCGCAGCCCUACCGGAACCCCAUGAUGUAGUGUAUGUAUGCAUACCUUGAUCUACGCGUGGGGAGAGGUUUUAAAAAUCUUGUGGGGUUUGAUAGUUAGUGAAGCACAGCAUUAUGCACCGCUCUACAUCACGGCCCAUCUGGAUUUCUGAUUCCACGAGGCGCGUCAACUCAACUAUC